UCUCUCAUUAUGACUGAUAUUGAAACUGUUGUUUGUUUUUUUGACAACUUUUGACUACAUAAUUUUGCACUUACAUACAUAAGGAUACACAAAUACAUAUGCACGCAAUUCAUGAUGUGUGUAUGUGAAUGAGUGAAUUCCUUCAGAAAAAACGAUAAGAGUUACGCCAAAUGUCAGUAGCGACCACAACGGCGUUGACAAAGGCAACAGGAUAAAAGCACGAAACGAAAUCGAAAGUCAUAUCUCGAAUCGUUGCCAAAAGUUUAUACACUCACUCGCAUGUGAGAUAUACAAACGGACGGUAGUACGUUAAGUGAAAAAGUGACAUUGAGAAUUUUGUGAAAAAAUUGAGAAAUAUUGAAGAUACAUAAUUUAGUCAGUAACACAGCUAUUGGCAAAUAAAUAAACCGUGAAAACAAAAUAAUUAAACCUGCUGCUUUCUGCACUUCUCAAUCGGUUGCCAAGAAAUGUGGCCCCAUUUCAGCCAAACUAAGGUGCACCAGGGCAGUCGAAUGAGCGAAAAAAUUGGAUGCUAUUUGUUUUUUCUGUUACUCGUAUCUCUUUGCGAUGGCCUACAAUUAGGCGCUUUCACCACCAAAACGCCCAGGGUCACCAAGUAUACGACAAAACCAGCAUCGUCCUCAUCCAUGAAUCACGAAGCCACCACAUCGAUUUAUCGUUUCAAUGCCACCAAUGGCAUCACGUGCAUUUUGGUCAGUGUGGAUGGCUUGAUAAGCAUCAAAUACCGAAAUAAACUGAAUGAGGAUGUCGAGGCCGAUCUAUACCUACCCGAUGAGCCAAAGUUAACCGGCGAAUGUGUCGAAUCGAAUAUGGAAAUAUUGAGAUUGGAGUUCAAAGGAUUCGUAUUGACGAUGACAUUCCGCAAGUCCUCCGGCGGUGAAGGCUGGUACAUCAACUUGUUUGAACUCUCCUACUCUUCGUCGAACUCGCUCUUCGAACAUCCCGAUCGUCCCAAUUUGGAUGUCAAACUCACUUCGCCAGCUCAUACACCCAUGUACUUCCCAACGCCCGUCGGAAAAUCCUACGUCUGCGACAAAGAGCAAAGUGUCGUCUUGUAUGCGCCCAUAGAUUCGGGUGAUAUGUCUGGGCAUAUUGCGCGUCUAUACUUACGCGAUCUGCAUAUGCAAAGUUUCAUGUUCAAAGAGAGUGGCAAGUGGGGCCCACCGUUCCAUUGCAGCGCCACAGGGUCGUAUCGCGAUGAGACAGCACCACUAGCGGUUGGCACUGCGUUGGCGAUAGCUGUAUUGCUGACCAUAUCCGGGUACGGUGGAUGGCGUUAUUUCAAGAUCAAGAAAGUGCAAUACGGUUCGAUGGAGUAAGGCUCAUGCAUUCCAUACGUAUCAAUUAUACAGUUGUGCCGACAGUUACACUUCAGUCAUAGAAAGUAUUUAGUUAAGUACCUACCUAAGUAUGCGCACUUAAUUUGACGAAGAAUGGCGUUAAGGGUUCCGCUUAAAGAGAUGUGCUAAAAAAAUUUGUUAUUGCUCGUAGAAGAAAUUUACAAAAUAUUAAAAUACGAAAAUAUGUACUAGUAAAAUGUUUCGAAUGUUAAAAUAUAAACACGAUGCGAUAUUGGCAUGGAAUGGAGAUAUUAAGUGAGAUAAAAUACAUACAUACAAGUACAUACAUGAGAAUUGCAAAAAGUCUUCCAUUAUUUUUAAAUAAAUAGAAAAAAGGAAUCAAAUGAAACCAAAAGCACAUUGAAGUGUGAACAUAUCCUACUGCAUACAUAUUUAUAUAUAUAUAUAUACAUACAUAAGCAUUAUAUUUUAAUUCCUUUGAUUACAUGCUUAGAUUUUAAAUAAAGUUUAUUAAAAUGAAAAAAAAAAUAAGUUGAGCUUAUCGCGCUCUUGUCUAUAACUCAAAAUUCGGAAAAAAACAAAAAAAAUAUAUUUUUCGUCAAAGUAAUUAUUUAACUAAUACCAAAUUUUUUUUAUUAAAAAAUACUUUCAACACACAUAUCCAAAUAUAUACUUAUACAUGCAAAUAUAGGCGCUUCUUUGUAGCAAAAUUCUAAAAUCUAGGAGGAUUUUUUAUGGUAUGAAAUCUAAGUGUUUUUGUCUCUCACAAAGCGAAAAUUUAAUACUUAAAAAAGUUAAACUGUAUAUAUGUAUUUAAAAGUGAAAAGUUACCCAAACAGUGAUCACUAAUUUUUGUAUAAAUUGAUGGGAAAUACAAAAUUAAGUAACUUUUGGUAAUUUUCUUCGCUCAGUUGGUCUGCGAGACUUAGAAUAUUUGCUGUAAAAUCUAUGAGAAACCCGAAUCAAAUAUUGCAGGAAUGGGUGUUGCUUGAAAACAAGCAGCAAAAAGUAAGAGCACUAAAUGAGUUUUUUAUGUUAUGAAGACUUAUAAGUCCCACUGUACGAGUAUAUGAAAAUUUAAAAUAAAUAGUUGCUGAAUUGAAUAUUAAGAGUACAUAUAUGCGUUAUAUAAAAAAGGUGAAUAAUGUUUGCACAAAAUCUAAACUAAAUUUAUUUCCCUUCAUACUUUUAAUUUUGAAAUUUGUCAUUUCUUAAAAAACUCAGUUUAGAAUUUUAAUAAAAUUUGCUGUCUAAGAAUAGUGAUUUCUUGCAUACAUAAAAAUACAUUCUAGCGCACAUACACAAAUAUAAAAAUGUACCUAAAGCAUAUCAAUAAUCGGAUAUCUAAGACGAAUUACCGCUACAAAAUAUUUCAUAAAGUUAUUUAUUUAUUUUUAAUAUGCAUAAGAUUUUAAAUUUUUUGAAUUUAUGCCGUUGCCCAACGCGCUAGGUAAAGCGACCACACUGUUUAUUCGGCAUUAAAUUCCCACGUACCAGAGUUUAUGAAAACUAAAGUGUAAUUUGAAUAGUACGAAAAGCUUAAAAGCCACAAUAUCACACAAAUACUAAAAUGUAAAUACUAAAGUACAUACCCCGUUAUGUUAAACAAAUUGAUAUUAUACAUAAUUAUAUACAUAAAAUAAAUAUAUU